UUAAAUGUGUAUUUGGCUACUUGGCUACUGAUUAGAGAACACAAAAUGAAUAACUCAACAAACUCCUCUAACAAUGGCCUGGCUCUGACCAGUCCUUAUAAGACAUUUGAAGUGGUUUUUAUUGUCCUUGUGGCUGGGUCCCUCAGUUUGGUGACCAUUAUUGGGAACAUCCUGGUCAUGGUCUCCAUUAAAGUCAACCGCCACCUCCAGACCGUCAACAAUUACUUUUUGUUCAGCUUGGCCUGUGCUGACCUCAUCAUUGGUGUUUUCUCCAUGAACUUGUACACCCUUUACACUGUGAUUGGCUACUGGCCUUUGGGACCUGUGGUGUGUGACCUUUGGCUAGCCCUGGACUACGUGGUCAGCAAUGCCUCAGUAAUGAAUCUGCUUAUCAUCAGCUUUGACAGGUACUUCUGCGUCACAAAACCGCUCACCUAUCCCGUCAGGCGGACCACAAAAAUGGCAGGUAUGAUGAUUGCAGCUGCCUGGGUUCUCUCCUUUAUCCUCUGGGCUCCGGCCAUUCUCUUCUGGCAGUUCAUUGUAGGGGUGAGAACUGUGGAGGAUGGGGAAUGCUACAUUCAGUUUUUUUCCAAUGCUGCUGUCACCUUUGGCACUGCCAUUGCAGCUUUCUAUUUGCCUGUGAUCAUCAUGACUGUGUUAUACUGGCACAUAUCCCGAGCCAGUAAGAGCAGGAUAAAGAAGGACAAAAAGGAGCCUGUGGCCAACCAAGAUCCAGUUUCUCCAAGUCUGGUACAAGGAAGGAUAGUGAAGCCAAACACCAACAACAUGCCUGGCAGUGAUGAUGGCCUGGAGCACAACAAAAUCCAGAACGGCAAAGCUCCCAGAGAUGCUGUGGCUGAAAACUGUGUCCAGGGGGAGGAAAAGGAAAGCUCCAAUGAUUCCACCUCAGUCAGUGCUGUCGCCUCUAAUAUGAGAGAUGAUGAAAUAACCCAGGAUGAAAACACAGUUUCCACUUCCCUGGGCCACUCCAAAGAUGAGAACUCAAAGCAAACAUGCAUCAAAAUUGUCACCAAGACCCAAAAAGGUGACUCAUGUACCCCAACUAAUACCACCGUGGAGGUAGUUGGUUCUUCAGGUCAGAAUGGAAACGAAAAACAGAACAUUGUUGCUCGCAAGAUUGUAAAGAUGACCAAGCAGCCUGCAAAAAAGAAGCCGCCUCCUUCCCGGGAAAAGAAAGUGACCAGGACGAUCUUGGCCAUUCUGUUGGCUUUCAUCAUCACUUGGGCCCCAUACAAUGUCAUGGUGCUCAUUAACACCUUCUGUGCACCCUGCAUCCCCAACACAGUGUGGACAAUUGGUUAUUGGCUCUGUUACAUCAACAGCACUAUCAACCCUGCCUGCUAUGCACUUUGUAAUGCCACCUUCAAGAAGACCUUUAAACACCUUCUCAUGUGUCAUUAUAAGAACAUAGGCGCCACAAGGUAAAACAUCUUUGUAAAGAAAGAAGGUAGUCAAGGGGAGCUUGGCGAAAAGAAACAGAAUAAAAGAGCUCCUAGUUUUCAGAUCUCUGCCAUUGCACUUUAUAGUCUUAUCAUGGAAUGUGCAAUUAAGGAGCCCAACAGUGACACUCUUAUGGUGCCUAUGCUCCAGUUUGAAACUUGCACCUUAUAAACCCUGUCAGUUUAGGAGCAAGGAGACCAUUAAGGAGACAUGUUGGAACUGUGGAUUUAAGAAAUGAUCUGUGCUUUCUCAUACUCUCUUGAAGAAGGGCUUCUGAAUCUAUAAUUUUAUCUCUGCACAAAAAGAAUAAUAACCUCACCCCUUUUUUUCAUUUUUUUGUUCCCAAGUGUCCAUAUGAGGAUGAAAUGCCACAGUUACAAACUAACCUGGAGAGUUAAACAUAAAGAAAGCCAUUACACAAUGGCGAAGUGAACAAAGAAGAUCAAAAAAGGAUGUAGAAAUGGCCUCCGGAGUGUUUAACAUAUAUUAUUCUCUUGUUUUGCUU